AUGGGAACGAGGCAAAAUACGGAAGAAAUUGUGAUGACAGCCGUGAAACAAAAUGGCAAAGCUAUGAUGAGAAUGGAGAGACUGAAGAGAAAAGACAUAGACUUUAAGACAAUUCAUCACAUUGGUGGAGGGCCAUACAAGGGAAUACUUGUCAACAAACAGGCAAAUCAGCUGGACAAUGUUGGCCCUCCAGAAGGCAGAGUGGAAUUCAUGGCCUAUCUCAUUAACUCGGAUCAGAACAAUGCUUGUGUUAGGGAUUUGUGGACACUCAGAUUCUGGUUUCGAGGUCAAGCCGACGGAAUGGCCAAAAAACAAGCUUUCACAGAGUACUUCUCAGAGCUGAUCAGUCCCAAAUCUCUGCCACGAAAGUAUGUUGGCUUCAUCAAGAGAGCUCUAGUUUUGCUGCAGAAGUACACUCUCAUCACGAGACUGGAGCUUGAGGUGGCCGUAGACAACAAAAACUUCCUGACAUUCAAGAUCAAAGCCAAAUGUGAUGCCCAGAUAGCACUCUGUGCCAUAUAUGGAGAUGUGGAGAGGAAGACCUUUGAGAUUUGUCUGGGUGCCGAGGACAACACAAAGUCGUUCAUUCGCGAUGGAUCCCUGGGCCCUGUCAAAGCGGAGGCAAAUACUGUCAAUCUUUUAAAUGAAAAUGAAUUUCGCUACUUUUGGCUGUCUUGGACUGAAAGCCGUGUCGAAGUGGGGAGAGGUGCUAAACAAGGACAGGGCAAGUUCUUAACCUGGGAUGUGCCACCAAACCGCCAGUUCAAGGUCAACAGUAUGGCUGUUGCCACAAGUCGGGCAACAAAAGGACAGUGGGAGUUUGUUGAGAUUUUGGAUGAGAAAGAUUUUAAACCAGAAACCAAACGCAGCAAGAUCAAGCUGUCUCUUCUGUGGCUGGCUAAAAAGCAGAGGAUGCUACAAGUUUUGGAGGAUGCUUACCCUAACAGUGUCAGGACAGAUGAUUUGUUCAAAACUUGUAAGGUCAAACAGUCAGACACAAUCACUGCUGUGGUGAUGCUAAAGGACAUGGAGAAGAAAGGUCUCAUCAGGGAAGUCGAAAAAGGAGUUUGGUUGAGGAUGCAGACAAAUGAGGAAAUGACUGAACAUGAGAUUCUUCUGGUGCCAGAGCUGCCAGAGUUAGCAAGCAAAGACCAACCAACCAUUGGAAUCAUUACCACAUUGUAUCAUGAGAAGUUAGCUGUAGAUGCCAUGAUAGAUGAUAAGAGAACUUAUGUCAAGUUUAAAACAGAGGGUGAGUGUCAAGUUUAUACUAUUGGCAAAAUUGGCAAACACAUCGUGGUAUCUACAAAACUGACCAAGAUGGGGGAUGCUGAAGGUGACAUGAUAGCAGCUGAGAAUUCUGUCACCAGACUUUUGGGUACCUUUGACAAAAUCCAGCAUGUGUUACUGGUUGGUGUAGGCGGUGCGUGCCACAUUACACCGACUAUAACCAGCAUGUGCGGCUAG